AUGGCUUGGGGGAACAGUGUAAUGGGCUUGGAGAUCCGGGGGGGGAGCACUGAUUGUUCCCCAUGUGAGCCUUGCUUAUUGGGAAAGUCGGCUCGGAAGCCGUUUCCCCACGAGGCGUCUUGGGCACUUGGGCCUUUGGAUGAGGUCCACAUGGAUUUGUGGGGGCCAGUGCGCACACCGCCACUGGGAAGAGCGGUGUAUGUCCUCAGUCUCAUUGACGACUUCACCAGACGAGUUUGGUCGUUCCCACUCCCCAACAAGGAAUCGACCACAGUCGUAAAAGUCAUUCGCCAGUGGCAUAAGGACGUGGAGUUGGAGUGUGGGCGGAAGCUGAAGGUUGUUCGCUCCGACAGGGGUGGCGAGUUCUCGGGGGACGCUGUGAAAGCAUGGAAAGCGGAGUUUGGCAUCAAAACCCAAUUGAGAGUUGCAGAUACACCGCAGCAGAAUGGGGUCGUGGAGAGGUGGCACAGGACGAUGGCAGAGGGGAUUCGCACAUUGUUGGUUGACAAUGGUCUCCCUGCUCGCUUGUGGGGUGAAGCAUUGAUGUGGGUCGUGUGGGUUAAGAACAGGGUCAUCCACAGUGCUUUGCCCGCCUCCAUCACACCAAUGGAGGCGUGGUCUAGCCAGAAGCCGCAUGUGGGCAUGGCUCGGAUUUGGGGUUGCAUGGGGAGUGUCAUGCUGCAUGGUCAUGAGAAGGGUGGCAAGCUUGAUGCACGGGCUGUCAUGUGUGUGUGUGUUGGGGUGGACAUGGAGAGCAAGGGUUGGCACAUGCUGGACCCUUCUCUCAUGCGCAUUCACAUUGCUCGGGAUGUUGAUUUUCUUGAGAAUGUGAUGUGGAAGGACUGGGACAAAGCAAAGGGAUUUGGGGAGCUUCCGCAGGAUGCAGCUGAGAUUUCCCAACUCCUCCCUCUUCCACUCUCGCCACCCUUAGCAACGGUUGACGACGCUGAGAUGCCAUCUUCAUCACUGCCACUGGCACCGCUGAGUGUGUCGGUGCAGCAGAUGCCCACCCCCUCUGCAGCAGCUCAGUGGCCCCUCAGUCAUCCAGAGGAGAUCCGCUACACAGGCUACUUCCUCUUCCUCCUCCCUGGUCAGCGCUCUGUCCCUCUCUCUACGGGUGCCCCUCCGUCAGCAGUGACUACCUCCCCACCACCGGUUACGGGUUUGCAGAUGCUUGGUAUCCAGUCUGGUACAGGUGGUGAGGAGGUAGCGGGGGAUGCUGGUGUGGUUGAGGGCAUGCUGUGUUUGGCCAGGGAGGUGGAAGGUGUUGCACUGGCAGGUGUGAGUACCGGUGAUGUCCCACGCACACUCGCUGAGGCCCUGCGUGGCCUUGAGGGCCCUGCAUGGAAGGCAGGUGCUGAGAAGGAGGUAAAUGCAAUGCACACUAUGGGUGUCAAUGAGGUGCUUGCUCAGAGGUACGAGAUGAAGGAUCUAGGUGGGGUAUCCACGUACCUUAGUGUGGAGGUUCGCAGGUCGAUCAAGGAUGGGUGGUUGGAGAUUGGUCAGGAGAAGUAUGUCCGUGGUCUCCAGGGAAGAUUUGGUGAUCUGGUGAAGGAGACCCAUAGGGUGCAUACUCCAAUGUCACCCAAUGAUCUCUCUAAGGUCAGGAAUGGUACUUGA